AUGCGUUUGGAGGUGGAUGGCUACGACGCGCGGCUGCGACCCCUAAUGACAUAUUUCUUUAAUUCUUUCUCCCCUGGUAUACGGAUAAAUUCAUCACUGGCGUCCCAUGUCUCUUGGCAUUCCCCUCACUGCUCAAUCUUCGUACAUCGACUCAUGGUUCCGAUCGGUCAUUACCCGCGACAGCAACUCUACGAGUUCCGAUUCCCGAGUCUCCCCGACGAUUACCUACCACCAGCGACAUACAUUUCCUUUGUGGCACGCCAAAGAGACAAACUUGUUUUCCUGUACUUCAACCUGUUCGGCAACAACUCGGUUCCCUAUCCCAGCUUGCAUUCCGUCUGCGAAAGGCGGUAA